CUACUUUGAAAGGUGUGGAAGUGAGUAUAAAUAGAUGAUAAAACUUUUCUACCUCCUUCAUUAUAUAGUCAAGAAUUCAGCAGUGAGAGUUUAGCAUAGAAGGUUUUGGUACUUAGGUGCAUUUUCCAUUUGAUGAACAAGAAAGAAGAGGUAAGCACAUGACAUUCUCACUAAUGACCGACAACUUAAUAUUGGAUCACUCACAAAACACUAAUGAUUCAUGUAUUUAUGAUUAGAUGUAUGUGACAUUGCGAUGCAUCACUCUGAUACUAGAUUGUAUAUUUUCACUAUUUCAAUUUCAUUGAGAACAAUGAAGCUUAUCAAAGCUCGAACGAGAAAAAUGUUUGUCAUUUAUUUUAAAAAGGAAAGAAAGUAGCUACAUUGUGCACACAUUUGUUUACCUUAUUUUCUUUCUUAGAAGACACUCUUUUAAAAUGAUGUAAUAAUUAAAGAAAUAUAAUUAAGAGUCAAAGAGUGAAAGGGACAAACUUCAAGUACCAAUCAUGCAAGAAGGAAAGAAAUUACCUAACCAAAUUUCUAAAAAUGGAAGAUGUCGACCUCUCAUUCAAGUAUUUGUCUCCCUUCUUUGUAAUUUAUGUCUUCCCAAAGCAAGUACAUCAAUACAGUUGUGUCUUACAGGCUCAUAAAUUUCACUCCAAAGACGUUCAAAUGCUUUAUGAAUUGUCUCGUACUCUAUUCUUCCAUUAUUUAGUAUAUUUCUUCUCCAAAUUUCGUCAAAUUCAUUUUCAAUGACCUUCAACGCACUAAAUCAACAAAUCAAACAUAGAACUGGAAAAAAAUAUAGACAUAUUGCCAAAAGACAAAACACAAGUUUUCUAAGAGGAAGUAGUUUGUGCUGAACACGUGACUCCUGGAUAUUGUGGCUACUUCUGGUUUGAAUCAUGGAGACAACGAAAAGAAAAAAAAUCGUAUUUUUAUCUAAUAAUUUUAAUGCUUCCCAACGUCCAUAAGGCAUGGAUUGCUCUUCUUUAUGAUCCUUCAACAAUAAGUGCAGUGCAAGUAAUCCCUCUUUCAGGAGUAAAUGUCAAACCAAUGAACUUCAUCUCCAAUCAGUUGCAGUAAAGCAAAGUGGUUAUAAUGAUGUUCGGUUGAAAGCUCCUUUUGAUGUCGUCAUGUGUUAAAAGCAUAAAAACCCUAGUAUCAUUGUCUCUGGACGUACAAUGAAGUUGCGGUUUCUCCCAUCUUCCAACUCAUUCCUCACCACCAUAGUCGUUCUAGCAUACUUUGGAUCCCAUGGCUCAUCACCUCGAUGAAAGAAGUUGUUUGUGUUAACAAUAAGACAAAAACAAAUGUGAUGCAUUUUUGCCCCUCAUUUUUUUUGUUUCUUUAAUUGCUUGAUGAAAUUUAGAAGCUUUGAAUUUAUAAUAUCAUUAUUAUAUCUACGUAUGUAGGAAUAUAUAACUACAAGCGUUAUUUAUGGUAACAAAAAACUCAUUCAAAUAAUUGUAAUAAACUUCGGAACGCAAAAAUAGUUUUGAGGUGCAAAAAAUAGAGAAGAAUUUUAGAAUCAAGUUAUCCUAUAACUAACUAACCAAACUGAAACUACCGAAAUUCAUGCACAUGGACUCUUAUAUAUAUAACCUACAUAUACAUUGUAUAAACAAUAGUUGAAUAUAAUGAGUUCAAACAUGGGGAGGAGGAGAGCAAUUCUUAUAUUUAAGGUUAUGUUCCUAGUGUGUAUCGUAAUCAUGAAUGACAUCGUACAAGCUGAUAGCACAGAUGGCUUCUUUCCAUCAAAGAAAAUGGUGAUGAUCGGCAAUGCGCUUGGGGGUAGUGUUCAGCUGAAGGCGCAUUGUAAGUCGAAAGAUGACGACCUUGGGGUUAGGGUGUUAGGACCUGGACAGGAAUUCCAUUUUAAGUUUUGGACAAGCUUUUUUACCACAACCGUAUUUUAUUGUUCCUUUGAAUGGCCAGGUAGUGGUGGACUUCAUUGGUAUGAUGUCUAUGAUGAUGACAGGGAUUUCUGGGGUGGCAAGAAUUACAGAUGGGUUAUCAAACCCUUCGCAAUUUGUAAGUUUAAUGUGCCAACUAAGGAGUAUGAUAGGUGUAUGACUUGGAAGGAGCAUCAUAUGUGAUAAAGAAUGAGGGAGAAAUUAAAACAAUAAACUAGAAAAGAUCACAUUGUUCUUAUAUUUUGUUUAGGUUCCAAGUUUAUUGUUCAAUUUAUUUUUUCAAUUGGUUGGGCUCCAAGUUUAUGAUGUAGCAAUCAAAAUAAAUUUACCUACAAAAGAUAACAACCAUAUCAAGUUAGUGCCAUGAAGCCUAAAAAUAUUAGAGAAUAGGUAGAACUAAUUAAAUAUUUUGAGUUAAUGAUAUUGGAACGCAUCCUCUCACAAAUUAGAAAGAUGUAUGAGUUCUGAAUAGAAUCUUACGCCAAGGAGCACAAUUACUCUAACAUAAUUUGCUAUUUAGGGACACAGAGAUCAAUAACUAUAAUGUCAGCACAUACACAAAGGCUUAUUCAUGUAACACAUGCAAGAACUAAAAAUCAGUGCGCAAUUCAUGCCUUUCAGUUUUUAUGAUCAUAAUUUUUUUCUUGAUUUCAAUUGUUCUCUGGACUUUUUAUCAAUAUGAAUCCUCACAAGAAUCAACACGAUACUUUGCAAAUUUAGGCUGUGGCGUAGCCAGAUUUGAACUUGACUGGGGUCCUAAGUGGUGGGUUAUAUAGAAACUAAGGUGAAGAUACAUGAGAAGCUCUUAAUAUGUUGAGUGAGAUGAUUUAUUAUGGGGUCCUAAGUCCAAUUUACAGCAAUUAUCUAAGCAUUUUUUACUCAUAAUUGUUCCCAAGUGGGGUCCUGGGACCCCAUUCCCUUGACUGUGGCUCCGCCACUGAAUUUAGGAUCAUUUUGUUCCAAAUGAUUCAUCUUACUAUAUUUUUUUAUCGAUCGCCGAUAAAGAUAGCACACAACAAAAAGAAUUACGUAUUUAGCUUCUAACUAGUUAUCCCUGUGUAUAAUAACAUAACGUCCAAAGCCUCUAAUGCCCCUAUCAAGCAAGCAAAGAAAUAGACAAUAUUGAGGCAAAAGUGCAUCAUAUUUGUGGAAGUCCUAGUGUUAAACACGAGCAACUUCUCUCAUCUGGGCAAGGAGUCGAUGGGAAAUGAGGUGGAAAGACGACGGACUUUGAGACUUCAUUGCAGGUUCAGAAGCAAUGCAUUGAGUUUUUUCCCCUGAAAAGAGACAAUGUAUGAAGGUGUCAAAUGGAACAAAAAUUAUCAUGAAUUUUGAAAUUGAACCAUUCCAAGUUCCCGGGAGGGUUUUUCCUUUUCGAGAAAAGUUUAAGAACUUGUAAUCGAACCAUUCCAUGUAUUGUAUGUAGCUUGCAAUGGCAAUAGUAAAUUAUUUCGUAUUAAUCUAUUAAAAAAUUAUGUUUCACAACCAUUAUUGACUUACAACAUACAAAUGACUGAGAAUGAAUUGUUCACUGGUCU